AAAAAUUUUAAUUUUUCUCAAUCCAAGUAAAUCUCUGGCAAAGGGGUAAAGUCGUAAAAGGAUUCUCUGUUUGGCUUCAAUUGAAUAGUUAUAUAACAGUGGCUAACCACAACCGUAUACCGGCAAUUUGCUAUUCUAGCCGCCACAUCAUGCUUACUGAAUAAUCACAAACCACCGCCAGUGCCGAUUAAUAAGCUGGUGUCUGCAAGUGGGUUUCCUUUGAAAUCUUCAAAUUCACUUGUUCUCCUUGGUGGGUAAUCUUUGGUUCAUCCAUUCAUGGCUUCCUCAAUGCUUAGUGGAGCUGAGAACCUCACUCUCAUGAGAGGCAUAAGCCCAAAAGUGAAAGGGUUAGGUUUUUCGCGGUCAGAUUUUCACGGGAACCACUUUCCCGGAGUGACAAUCACUUGCUCUAGAAUCUCCAGGACAAGAACAAUGAUGCCCAAGUGCAGUUUAUCAGCCUCUAGGCCAGCUUCUCAGCCCAGGUUCAUCCAACACAAGAAAGAGGCUUUUUGGUUCUACAGAUUCCUCUCAGUUGUAUAUGACCAUAUUAUAAAUCCUGGUCACUGGACUGAGGACAUGAGAGAUGAUGCACUAGAGCCUGCUGAUCUCAGUGACAGGAAUAUGGUAGUUGUAGAUGUCGGCGGUGGUACUGGUUUCACUACUUUGGGUAUAGUGAAGCAUGUGGAUGCCAAAAAUGUCACCAUUCUUGAUCAGUCCCCGCAUCAGCUUGCAAAGGCCAAGCAGAAGGAGCCCUUGAAGGAGUGUAAGAUUAUUGAGGGCGAUGCAGAGGAUCUGCCAUUUCCUACCGAUUAUGCUGACAGAUAUGUGUCCGCUGGGAGUAUUGAGUACUGGCCAGACCCACAACGUGGCAUCAAGGAAGCGUACAGGGUCCUGAAAGUAGGAGGAAAAGCCUGCUUAAUUGGUCCAGUGCAUCCAACAUUUUGGUUGUCUCGUUUCUUUGCAGAUGUUUGGAUGCUCUUCCCAAAGGAGGAAGAGUACAUUGAAUGGUUUGAAAAGGCUGGGUUUAAGGAUGUCCAACUGAAGCGUAUUGGCCCAAAAUGGUAUCGUGGUGUUCGCCGGCAUGGGCUGAUCAUGGGAUGUUCUGUGACAGGUGUUAAACCUGCAUCUGGAGAUUCUCCUUUACAGCUUGGUCCAAAGCAAGAGGACGUGGCAAAGCCGGUGAACCCAUUUGUGUUCCUUCUGCGUUUUAUUUUGGGUGCCAUGGCAGCAACAUACUACGUGCUGGUGCCUAUCUACAUGUGGCUCAAAGAUCAAAUUGUACCCGAAGGUAGGCCAAUCUAAGACGGAUUAUGGAGUUGCUUUUGUGGGCUGCUUCUUCUUCUUAUUAUUUUUUUUAUUUUUAUUUUUUUAGAGUUUCCGCUUGUGUGGUCAUUAGAACGAGUAUGCAAGACUAAGUGAGAUGAGUGUAUCAUUGAACACUUCUAAAACUUUUUCUAAAAUUUCUUCGUUUGAAAUAAUAAUAGAAGCUGAAAGUCGUCAUUGGAACA